AUGAAUUUAGACCAUGCAUUAAGGGAUGAACAACCUGCACCUCUCACUAUGGAAAGCACCUGUGAUGAGAAAGCGAAUUUUGAAAGGUGGGACCGUUCAAAUCGCAUGAGUUUAAUGAUUAUGAAACACAACAUCCCAGAAGCCUUUUGGGGCACAGAAUCCGAAGGGAUUACUAAGGCCAAGAAUUUCCUUGAACAAAUUGAGGAACGUCUUGCUAAAAACGAUAAGGUUGAAAUGACAACACUUCUAGAUUCUUUGAUGACCAUGAAGUAUAAGGGUCAAGGAAAUGUAAGGGAGUAUAUUAUGGAAAUGCAUCAUAUUCUCUCAAGGCUUAAGACACUUAAGAUUGAGCUUUCUGAUGAUGUGCUUGUGCUUAUGGUUUUGUUAACACUUCCUGCACAAUUUAACCAAUUUAAAAUUAGUUACGAUUGUUAA